CUAAUAUAUUGGAAAAUAAAGAAUCAUUGAAUAAUCACAGUCUAGUAUCUGAAGAUUCUCAAUCAACUGUUGUUUCUGAAAUCAAUAGCAAAACAGCAGAAUUAGAACUCGAUGAAAUAUAUUUUGAGAAGUCACAAGAGAUAGAAUCGAAACUUGAUAAAAUAUAUUUUGAGGAGUCACAAGAGGAAAUCAACAAUAUAGGUGAAAUGCAGGAUGAUGCAGGUGAAAUGCAGAAUGAUGCAGGUGAAAUAAAGGAU